AUGAAAGAAAGUGCCUCCGCAAGCGCCGGCACUCAAGACAACGAGGACCUGCUAGACGUGCUCCUUAGGCUACAGAAGGAAGACACCCUCCGUUUCCCUCUCACGUCUGACAUUAUAGGCGCAGUCAUCUUCGAUAUAUUUGCAGCUGCAACUGACACCACUGCCACCACGCUAGAAUGGGCCAUGGCAGAAUUAAUCCGCAACCCAGAGUUGAUGACAAGGGCGAAACACGAAGUUCGACAGGGUCUAGCACAAGGGCUAUCCACGGUAACGAGCGCAGACCUCGGCAAUCUGCACUACCUUCGAAUGGUGAUCAAGGAAACACUAAGGCUACACCCGCCCGCCGCGGUGAUGCGCAGGGCAGCCCGAGAUAGGUGCCAGGUAAUGGGCUACAACAUACCCAAAGACAUCCAUGUGAUGAUAAACUUAUUCGCAGUGGGGAGGGACCCGAGGCACUGGGGGGAGGACGCCGCGGAGUUCAGGCCCGAGAGGUUCGAGAGAAGCGACGCCAUGAACGUGGAGUACAGCCCGGGGCCGCAGAUGGAGUUCAUCCCGUUUGGGUUUGGCCGUAGGCAGUGCCCCGGAGCCCUGAUGGCGACAACGACGCUUGAGCUCGUGCUAGCCAAUCUCCUGUACCAAUUUGACUGGGCGAUUCCGGGUGGGGCAAGCCCGGAGACGCUGGACAUGGGCGAGGUAUUUGGGUUAACUGUGCAUCGCAGCUCCAACCUGUGUCUACAGGCAGCAACUCGCCGUCCACAGCAACACUAG